UCUGUAGGUGAGCAUGCGCAGCCCCCACCGUUCGCUCAGCCAGAGAGAGGCUUCCCAGCCAAUCGGAGAGCCUUACAGUCAUCCUCCCGCCCACCCAGCAUACAGGCGGGGCAUUUCUCCUCAGCCAAUGAGAAAAGACAUUCGCCCGCGGGUCGCACGCGCGGCUUGCAAGAGGCGGGGUUGUGGAGCGGAUACUUUGGCAAGAUGGCGGCGAGCGGCGUCCGCCAAGCUGCCUCUACCGCCAGCACCUUUGUGAAGCCCAUUUUCAGUCGGGACAUGAACGAGGCCAAGCGGAGGGUGCGCGAGCUCUACCGCGCCUGGUAUCGGGAGGUGCCGAACACUGUACACCAAUUCCAGCUGGACAUCACUGUGAAAAUGGGACGGGAUAAAGUCCGAGAAAUGUUUAUGAAGAAUGCCCACGUCACAGACCCCAGGGUGGUUGAUCUUCUGGUCAUUAAGGGAAAGAUGGAACUGGAAGAAACAAUUAAAGUAUGGAAGCAGCGGACACAUGUUAUGCGGUUCUUCCAUGAAACAGAAGCGCCAAGGCCAAAGGAUUUCCUAUCCAAGUUCUAUGUUGGCCAUGACCCAUGAAAUCACUCAGUGGAAAGGUGCAUGUUGAUAUUAUUUUAGAGCACAAAUAAACUCACUAUACGAUGGUCA